AUGCCUCCAGCCUCGGGAUUUCCAAAUCAAUCGACAGCAGAGCUGGCUUCAAACACCCUGUGGGAGUACCAGCUUCGCAAGGAGAACAAGGUUAUCCUCGAACAAAUCAGAAAGAUUGGGGAGAAGCGUGAUGCUGAUGUAUCAGAGAACAUGAGGAGAAUGCAAGAAGGAGAGAAACACAGACUUACACUCGAGGCUAAAGUUCUGGAUCUGGAGAAAGAGAGGAAGCUGCAGGAUGCACGCGCUGCUGAGCACGAGAGGGAGUGUGCGGCAAAGAUGGCAGAGAUGGAGAAGCACCUCAGAAGUCGCCUUACGGACGAGGAGCUGCAAAAGGUCAUGUCUAGAGUUCAGCAGAUGAACAACCCAGUCCAAACUGCAACUGAGCCUCAGCCUGCAACCGUCGCACCACGUCCUUCUCAACCCAAGACACGACUAAUUGGAGAAGCAACGAGACAAGAACCAGCAGGCAUGCUUACCGGUCCACUCCGCGAGAAAGUCUCAGUCCCACCAUCGAAGCCUAGAGUAGCCAACAGACGUCCAUCGACACGCAGCAACUCAGAAGGAGCACCGCUACGAGCCGAGCCUGUCCCAGCCAAAGAAGCAGCGGCCAUCAUCCCAAAACUAAUCCAAAGACACAAAGCCCUCAAACAAUAUUACGAGGCUGCGAACGACGCAUUCGAGUCCUUGGCCAUCACAGAUCCACAGAUUGAAUACGACUUCAUUGCUGCAUUUCUCUCCGGUUUGGAAAACAAGAAGACAGCCGACAAGGUUAUUCAGGCGUUGAUGGCUCUUCAUCCUGCAAGAGGUACGCUGGAUGGAGGCAUUAAGCUUAUGUGUGGCUGGGAGGAUGUUGCAGUUGGGUUCAAGAGGGCUGGAUUCGAUGUGACAGGGGCGAAGGAGGAAAUUAAGAGAAAGAAGAGGACGUUGAAUCCGAGGACUCAACUUGAGACCGGCUUUGGUAACUGA